UGUGUUAAAAUGUUGGAAGUGGUGCUGUGGAUGCUUGCGCGCUGUUGUAACGCGGAGAGGGGAGCUGGGAGGCUUCGGGGCGCCGGAGAUCUCCGGUUUCCCCAAACAAUAGUCGAGAGGACGCGAUGGUCGCCCUUUUUUUUUGAAUCCGAAGGGAAGUUUAGGACCCUCGUCGGCGCUAUUGUUGACCCCACGGAGGCCACGUAGCUCCCUGGAUCGAUUUUAAACGUGGGAGGAAGAGUUGCCUUUAUUAAUGUGAACAGAAGCGUAAAAAAGGAGACUGAGAGUGAUGCGCCUGGAAGCAAAGAGCGCGUCCAGUGUGACUGCAGGCCGGAGGGUUUGAAUUUUGUCCUCGGCGAAGGGCUGGUGGGAAUUUCAGUGCGUCCAUUCAUUUUACUGCGAGGGCGUCCCAUUUGGAAAAGGGGAAAGAAAGGGAGCGGGCGUUGGGAUCAUUUGGCAUCAGGACGCCACCGGUGGGGCCUGGGAGUCUCCCAUUGUCCUGCCUUUCUCCAACACCCUCCUUUUUCAUCUUGUAGGUCGCACAACUCUUUAUACUCGCCCGGUUCUUCGCAAUCUCAGCAACCUCGGCUCUCCCCUGUUGCAACUCUCCUGCCCAUCAUCCUCUCCCACCCCUAUUCCUUCCUCAUCAUCUCAUCGUUUUAGCCUCCCCUGCCCUCCCAUCCUCCCUUCUCUUGCUCCCCCCUCAUCGGCCUCCAAGAUAGAUUCCCUCAGGAGUAAGGUUGACCUACUCAAACUGCCCCUGGCUCUCUCCACCAAGUCCAUCUCCGAGCGCAAAAACCAACUGGGAGGCGUCGGCGAGCAGCGCGGCACGGCGGGAGGAGGCGGGGCUCGUAAAGCCCGCUCACCGCCGACCCGAGACAUGGACAACGAGUCGCAGUACUCGGGCUACUCAUACAAGUCCUCCCAUUCCCGAAGCUCCCGAAAGCACAGGGAUCGGCGGGACCGUCACCGCUCCAAGAGCCGAGACAGCAGCAGUCGUGGAGACAAAUCGGUCACCAUCCAAACACCCGGAGAGCCGCUUCUCGAUGCAGAGUCGACCCGCGGAGAUGACAGGGAUGACAACUGGGGAGAGACCACCACUGUGGUCACUGGCACCUCAGAGCACAGCAUCUCGAACGAGGACCUGACCCGCGUCACCAAAGAUUUGGAGGAGUCAACUCCACUGGAGUGCAAGCGUUUUGUGGGUCCGGCGUUGGGAGGCUGCCUGAGCUUCUUUGCUCUGGUCACGCCAUUAGCCUUCCUCAUCCUGCCGCAGGUCUUGUGGCGUGACGCCCUCGAGCCUUGCGGCACGCCCUGCGAGGGCCUCUACGUCUCCCUGGCCUUCAAGCUCUUGGUCCUGCUCAUCUCCUCCUGGGCUCUGUUCCUCCGCCCUCCCCGCGCCACCCUCCCGCGCUUUUUUGUCUUCCGCUGCCUCCUGAUGGUGCUGGUGUUCCUGUUUGUGGCGUCGUACUGGUUGUUCUACGGCGUGCGUGUGUUGGAGCCCAGAGAACGGGACUAUAGGGGGAUUGUGGAGUAUGCUGCCUCGCUGGUGGAUGCUCUGCUCUUCAUCCAGUACCUGGCUCUGGUGCUGCUGGAAGUCCGACACCUUCAGCCAGCCUUCUGCCUUAAGGUGGUGCGGAGCACAGAUGGUGCCAGCAAGUUCUACAACGUGGGCCACCUCAGCAUCCAGCGGGCAGCUGUCUGGGUUUUGGACCGUUAUUACAGCGACUUCCCCGUCUAUAACCCAGCUCUCCUCAACCUGCCCAAGUCCAUCCUGUCCAAGAAGAUGACAGGCUUCAAAGUUUACUCUCUGGAUGAAAACCCCACCAAUAACUCCACAGGCCAGUCCCGGGCCAUGAUAGCAGCUGCUGCUAGACGGAGAGACAACUCCCACAACGAGUAUUACUACGAGGAGGCCGAGAUGGACCGAAGGAUCCGCAAACGGAAGGCCAGGUUGGUGGUGGCGGUGGAAGAGGCCUUCACGCAUAUCAAGCGCCUCCAAGAGGAAGAGGCAACCUCAUCUCCCAAACACCCCAGAGAGGUAAUGGAUCCUCGAGAGGCAGCCCAAGCCAUCUUUGCCCCGAUGGCCCGGGCCAUGCAGAAGUACCUGAGAACCACACGGCAGCAGGCCUUCCACAGUAUGGAGAGCAUCCUCACACACCUUCAGUUCUGCAUCACGCACAACAUGACACCCAAGGCUUUCCUGGAGCGUUACCUCACUGCCGGCCCCACCAUGCAGUACCAGCAGCAGAACGGUAGGGGGCGCCAGUGGACUCUGGUGAGCGAGGAGCCGGUGACCUCAGCCCUGCGUCAGGGUUUGGUCUUCUCCCUGCGACGCCUGGACUUCUCCCUUGUUGUCACGGUGACGCCGCUCCCCUUCCUGCGACUCGGGGAGGAGUUCAUCGACCCAAAGAGCCACAAGUUCGUCAUGAGGCUGCAGUCUGAGACCUCGGUGUAAAGGCGUCCAGUAAAACGUCUUCUUUUUCCUACACUUUCCUCUCCCCUCAUGCUAACUCCUCCUGGAUCACUGAUGCGGUGGGACAUGCGGAGGCCAUGUGGUCUAUUCUGGCCCAAUCAUUUCCCCUCUCAUCAACAAACAAACCAUUCAGAGAGGAACAUCUCUGCGGGCCUCAUCCUUCCUGUUUUGUGAUCAUCACAGAUGCUUUGCGUCAGACUGUGAUCAGCUCAACGAUUGUUCAAACCCUGGAAGUAAACAGAUGCCUUGACCUUUUCUUGUCUUGACAAUGUCUUUACGGCACACUGUAAAGUUCUUUCUUCCUCUAAACGGGGACUUUUCCUCCUUUUGCCUCUUCUUUUGCUGUAACCACUGGACUAGUUUACUGUGCUGACUCAACACGUAAACACCAGAGGAAGGGGAUUACAUCACAUGUGUCACUUCCUCUUAUUUGUGUCUUAAAAUCAGUCCAACUGGAUUUCAGCUCUGACUGCAACGCUGAUGUACCACUGCCCUCUGGUCCCCUGUCAGUGGUUGUGUUUAACAUAAGCAGGACUGUUGUUGUUUUUUUACAUAUAUAUGUUAGAGGAGUGACUUUUUAACUUUCAGAAUGUAGCAUUUUGUGCAGUGAGUUAACAUGUUCUCUCUUGUGGCCUUGAAGGGCCAGUAUGUCCUUUUUUUUU